AGCCGCAAUUCUUCACCUGGGAAACAUAAACUUCGACAAAGGAAGCGAUGUGGAUUCAUCACAGUUGAAAGAUGAGAAAUCGUGUAACCAUCUUAACACAGCAGCAGAACUGCUAAUGUACCAUACAGAGACUUUUGUGCAUUGUAGAUUCUCUCUAUGGUUUCAUGUUCAUUCUUCUUCCAUGUGCUACCCCAGGUGCGACGGGAAAACACUUGAGAACUCUCUUUGCAAGCGUUUGAUCGUUACACCGGAUGGCAAUAUCACAAAGCCUCUUGAUCCAGAUGCUGCUGCAUUAAAUCGCGAUGCCUUAGCGAAGAUAGUGUACUCGAGGUUAUUUGACUGGAUUGUAGACAAGAUCAACAGCUCAAUUGGGCAAGAUCCAUUAGCUAAAAACAUAAUUGGAGUACUUGAUAUUUAUGGUUUUGAGAGUUUCAAAGUCAAUAGUUUUGAGCAGCUAUGUAUAAACUUAACUAAUGAGAAAUUGCAACAACAUUUUAAUCAACAUGUAUUCAAGAUGGAGCAAGAAGAGUACACAAAGGAAGAAAUAAAUUGGAGUUAUGUCGACUUUGUGGAUAACCAAGAUGUUCUGGAUCUCAUAGAAAAGAAACCUGGAGGCAUUAUUGCACUACUUGAUGAAGCAUGCAUGUUUCCAAAAUCAACUCAUGAAACAUUUUCUCAGAAAAUGUACCAAACAUACAAGAGUCACAAACGUUUUAGCAAGCCAAAGCUUGCUCACACUGCCUUCACCAUCAAUCACUAUGCUGGAGAUGUUACAUACCUAUCUGAUCAGUUCCUCGACAAGAACAAAGAUUAUGUUGUUGUGGAGCAUCAAGCUCUACUAAAUGCUUCGAAAUGCCCUUUUGUAGCAAAUCUCUUUCCUCCGAUUGCUGAGGAAACUUCAAAGCAGUCCAAAUUCUCCUCCAUAGGUACUCGUUUCAAGCAACAACUCCAAGCCCUCAUGGAAUCUCUGAACGCGACGGAACCACAUUAUAUCAGAUGUGUGAAGCCCAAUGCAGUGCUACAACCGGGCAUCUUCGAAAAUGACAAUGUCCUAAACCAACUGAGAUGUGGGGGUGUACUGGAGGCAAUCCGUAUUAGCUGUGCUGGAUAUCCAACAAAAAGGACAUUUGAUGAAUUUGUCGAUCGGUUUGGAAUUCUCGCACCGGAUCUUGUAGACGGUGCUGAUGAAAAAGCUACUUGUGCAGCUAUAUGUAACAGAAUGGGCUUAAAAGGCUAUCAGUUAGGAAAGGCAAAGGUAUUUCUGAGAGCAGGCCAGAUGGCUGAGUUAGAUGCCCGUCGAAUGGAAGUCCUAGCUAAUGCUACAAAACUUAUACAGAGACAGAUUCGCACACAUCUUACAAGAAAGGAAUUCAACAAAAAGCGAAAAGCUUCAAUUCAAAUUCAAAAAUUCUGGAGAGCUUUUCUUGCACGAAAGUUGUAUGAAAGCAUGCGAAGAGAAGAUGCCUCAAUCUGCAUACAAAAACACACACGUUCUCACGCUGCUAGAAAAAGAUAUACAAAAUUGCAGUCAUCUGCAUUAAUAAUACAAACAGGACUCAGAGCCAUGGCUGCUCGUAGUGACUAUCAAUACAAGAGGAGAACCAAUGCUGCUGUAGUCAUACAAACUCAUUGGCGUUUUUAUAAAGCUCGUUCAGCAUAUAAUGUGCAAAAGAAGGCAACUUUGAUAUUUCAGUGCAUCUGGAGAGGUCGGCUUGGCAGAAAGGAACUUCGAAAGCUAAGAAUGGCUGCAAGAGAGACAGGAGCAUUAAGAGAAGCAAAAGACAAGCUAGAAAAGAAAGUUGAAGAACUCACUUGGAGAUUAGAAGUUGAAAAGCAUAUGAGGAAUGAACUCGAACAAGCCAAAGGGCAAGAAAUUGCAAAGUUGCAAACUGCACUACAAGAAAUGCAAGAAAAGCUUGAUGAAGCCCACAAAACAAUCAUUUGUGAAAAAGAAGCUGCUAGAAUAGUAAUAGAACAAGAACCAACAAUUGAUAAUGAGAUCCCAGAUAUGGACAACGCAACAUUAGUGUUGUUGACAAGCCACAAUAAACAGUUAGAGGAUGAAGUAAGGCAAUUAACAAUAUUCAAGGACAAGGCUGACGAGUUUGAAUUGAAACAUGCUGAGGCUCAGAAAAAGGUAGAAGCAUUGCUCAAAGACAAAGAAGAACACAGCUCAAAAAUCAGUCAAUUGCAAGAACUGAUAGAGAGACUUGAAAUGAACUUGUCUGGCCUAGAAUCUGAAAACAAGGUCCUAAGACAGCAAGCUCUAGUUAUUUCUACAAAUGAAGAUUUCUCAGAGCAAGUCAAAAGCCUUGAAACCAAAACCAACACAUCGGAGUCAGAAAAUCAGUUGCUCCAAAAUGAGCGUGGGGUAGUUCUUCAGUCAAAUAACAUCUCUGAGUCGGUUGAGCCAUCAACAAUCAAGGGACUGGACAACAAAGAUAUUGAUGAAGAACCAAAGACAAGAAGAAAGGAGCCAACAUCUACAUUUCUUGCACCAAUUUUAAGGAAACAGAAGUCUCUAAGUGAUCGGCAACAAGAAAAUCAUGAAGCACUUAUGAAAUGUCUAGUGGAAUAUAAAAGGUUUGAGAAUAAGACACCUUCUGUAGCAUGCGUUGUCUACAAAUCACUGGUUCAUUGGCAUUCAUUUGAAGCAGAGAAGACAUACAUAUUUGACAGGAUCAUACGAACAAUCAGGUCAUCUAUUGAGAACCAGAAGAAUAUCGGUGACCUCGCAUAUUGGCUUUCAACAACCUCCACCCUUCUAUUUCUUUUGCAAAAAAAUCUUAAAGCAAGUAAUGCGUCAGUUACUGGAUCGCAUCGCAGUCGAGCAACAGCAGAAACAUUGUUCAGUAGAAUGGCAAGAAAUGCCCGUUCAUCUUCAUCUAUAUUGGGCAUUUCGAGUGGAUACAGUGGACUGCUACCUAAAUCAGAAGGCCCAUCAAGGAUAGAAGCCAAAUACCCAGCACUACUUUUCAAGCAACAACUAACAGCUUAUGUUGAGAAGAUAUAUGGAAUGAUACGGGACAGUUUGAAGAAAGAGAUUAGUCCAUCAUUAACCAUGUGCAUACAGGCACCAAGGUUUGCUAGAGCUAGAUCAAUUAGGGGAGCAUCUAAGAGCAUUCUUUCCAAUAUUGUAGCAAAGCAAGCAUCAAGCGUUCAUUGGCAAAGUGUUGUCCACAGUUUGGAUUGUGUUUUGAAUAUUUUUAAUGAAAAUUAUGUGCCUCCUAUGAUAAUAAGGAAGACUUUCAGCCAAGUGUUUGCAUUCGUAAAUGUACAAUUAUUUAAUAGGUAUGCCUUUUCUAAAUCUUUUAUUAAGAACUUGGAUUUUGCAUUUUAUACACGUGUGCUGCAAUUGACAUACAGCUUACUCCUCCGGCGAGAAUGUUGUUCAUUUAGCAAUGCAGAAUUUGUCAAGGCUGGCUUGCAAGAGUUGGAACAAUGGUGCACUAGAACAACAGAACAGUUUACUGGGACAUCAUGGGAUGAACUCCAACAUAUAAGACAAGCAGUUGGAUUUCUAGUUUUGCAUCAGAAGUCCCAAAAGUCCUUGGAAGAUAUUAGAGAUGAAAUUUGCCCAGUCUUGAGCAUUCCACAAAUUUAUAGGAUCGGCACAAUGUUUUGGGAUGACAAAUAUGGCACGCAAGGAUUACCCCAAGAUGUCAUUUCCGAAAUGAGAACCACAGUGACAGAUGAGACGAGCAACAACACACCAAACAAUUGUUUCUUGCUGGAUGAUGAUUCGAGCAUACCGUUCUCUUUGGGCGACAUAUUGCGACUUGGCUUCGAAGUCAACCUUGACGAAGUGGAGCUGCCGCCCCAUCUCCAGCAGAACUCCGAGUUCCAUUUCCUGUUGCAACGCCACUCCAAAGAUUGAGGAGCUGCCUUUUCUUUUUUGUUAAUUUUCU